UUCCAAUUUCCAAGUCUUCCUAAUUUCCUUUUAUUUACGAAAUACGGAAAUUUGCAGUGACGCGCAUUUUAGAUUUUGAUUUCGAGAGACGCAUCAAUUUAAUGGCUGGACGUCGGCUAAUCGAAACCAGCGUAGUGGAUUUAAUAAGUCCUCUGCCGGUAGAGUUAAAGCACAGAAUUUUGGAGUGUUUGUCCACCCGAGACGCUACCAGAACUGCUCUACUCUCAACCCACUGGAAUCAUGUUUGGUUGCAGCAUGGUAGGCUUGCGUUCGAUUGGGACUUCUCGGAUAGUGUCCAACAGGGUCACGAUGAUGAAGGCAAAACCCUCGUUCACAUAAUAAAUAAUAUUCUCCUUUCCCGUGCUGUUCCGGUUAAGAAAUUUACUCUAUGUAUUGGAAAUUAUUAUCCUGAGCUGCGGCAGUUUGAUUUUGAUAGGUGGUGUGUUUUUCUAUCAACAAAUGGUGUGGAGGAACUCAACAUACAUUUUGUAAAUUGUGAAGAGGCUGAAUAUAAGCUGCCAUUUUGUAUACUCUCGUGUCGAACAAUUAAGCAACUGAGAGUUGGAGGUACCUUCAUUAUUGAUUUGCCAGUAAAUAGUGUUGGUGGUAUAUUUUCCAAUGUCACUUCAAUAUCUUUGGCGGGUAUUGAAUUUAGGUGCACUGUUAGUAUUAGUAUGCCUAACAUUGAGCAGUUGGCUUUACAAGAUUGUGGAGGGAUCAAUAAAUUUGAGAUUAUCAGCGCUUCAAAACUUGAAAGGUUGUCUAUUUAUAAUUGUGUGCAUGAUGUGGUUGAAUCAAGAUGGUUGGCACCACAUUUGAAAGCAAUUAAGACUCUUUGUUUGUGUGGCUCUUCCUUGUUGUACAUGGACGCAUCUUUGUUUGCAACUGCAAUAAAUCUCCAACUACUGGUGUUGUGUAAUUUUAGUUUUGGUUGUGGGAAGCAGCUCACUGUUGCUAUGCAAUUGUUUCAAAAAUGCCCCAACCUAUGUGAACUCGAAAUUCUGGCAGAUGAGGAAGUAUGCAAACGUGAUAAAGAAGCUCUUUCAAGACUUUUGGAGGAUCGAGAAGGUUGCUUUACUGUUCAGGAUCUAAAAAUGCUUAAAACAAUCAAGAUUGAAUCAUUUAGUGGAUCCAUAGUCGAAAUGCUUUUUGUGAGAAUGCUUCUUUCAAAAUCUCCUGCAUUAGAGAGAGUUGUUAUUAUAGAAUAUGUUGGUACUGAUACCUCUGCUAUCGAAUGCCAAAGGCAGUUGUUGCGUUUUCCUCGUGCAUCUCCAAAAGCCCAAAUUUGCAUGGAACUCGACGACCCCAUCUGCGGACUAUCUGAUUACAUAUGGUUUUAUUAACCUUAGCUUGUAGGAAUUUAUUAUAUAUGAUGAAGCUCCAUGGGUUUAGUUUGGAUGCAACCUAUAUAUAGAGUGUAUAUAUAUUUGGCAAUCAUGGUUUUUUUUUUUCUUAAUUUUCAUUUCAUGUUGAGUUGUAGACAUGUUUAUCUGAUGAGAUCAGACUUUCGGAGGAUCUUAUUGAUUAGGAUCUAAAAAUGCUUAACGCAUUAAAGAUUGAAUUGAUUUA